GAAUCGAAUCAAAUUAAAAACUAACUCGAUUUGAUUCAAAGACUGCAAAGACUUUUUGAUACAAAGCUGCAAUGUAAUAUUUUUAUUCGUUAAAAGCAAAUUACUCACUAAUUAAAUAUUAUUUCAAACAUCUUAUUUAAAAACACAUCGUUUUUUGAAACAUUACAUGCUUUCUCCAAAUAGUUAUUUAGAAACAUUAGAUGGCGUUUCCUCAGCCUAAUGCUCAAAGAGAGUUGACAAAUAGGAAGAUAUUAGAGGAUCUGCAGUUGAAGAAACAGAUGCUUUUGAAGCAAGGCGCUGUUGCUCCGUUAACAGCAGCCCUGAGUCAGCCAAAUCCUGUCAGUCAACUUCCUAUGUGUUCCAUCCCACCAGUUUCGGCAACAGCUGGUUUUCCUCAACUUCCUGAAGCAAAUGUGAUAAAUACUAGUCAUAGAGCUGCACUCCAGCACGCCAACGCAACAUCUUGUGGUUAUUUUGUAUCUCAGGAUUCCUCAUUUGGAAAUCAAAUUCUACCAGUUUUACCUCGUUUUGAGAACAAGUGAUAAUGACUGCAUUAAUGAAGCUGAAAACCUUGGAGGGCCAUCUACAGGAUCUAAAGGGUUUUAGUAAACCAAAAAUUAAAUUUGAGCAGUACGAGACACCCGCUCAUAUUGCUGCAAUUGCUCUGUACACAAUUCAAACACAAUUUGGAGAUUUGGAAGAUAAACUUAUUUUAGAUGCGGGUUGUGGCCCUGGAAAUCUGAGUAUUGGUGCAGUGUUGCUAGGUGCUGGGUUCGUGACAUCUGUUGAAAUAGAUGCUGAUGCACUGGAAGUCUUUCAAGAAAAUAUACAAGAAAUGGAGAUUGAAAACAUUGAUAUUGUUCAAUGUGAUUUUCUUAGCGAGAGCUAUUUUAGAUGGGAAAACAUGUUUGAUACAGUAAUAAUGAAUCCACCAUUUGGUACCAAGAAUAAUGCUGGUAUUGAUAUAAAGUUCCUUCAAAUGGGAAUCCAUUGUAGUUACGACACUAUUUACUCACUACAUAAAUCUUCCACAAGGUCGCACAUUGAGAAGAAAGUAAAAGAAUGGAACAUGAAAGGUGGCGUUGUUGCAGAAUUACGGUACAACUUACCCGCUACAUACAAAUUUCACAAGAAACAAUCUCUAGAUAUUGCAGUGGAUUUAUGGAGAAUACAACAUGUGCGCUCGUAACAAAUAUAUAUAUUAUUGCCUUUGUAGGCAGACGAAUAUACGGUCCACCCGAUGGUAAGUGGUUACCGUCGCUCAUGGACAUCAGCAAUGGCAGGAGCAGAGAGCCAAGCCCUGCCUACCAUAUAGUGUACUCAAACGAGUACCAAACUAUUUAAUUGAUUUAAUAAUGUUGUCGCAUAUGAGUCUACUAUUAUCAAAGCCGGCAAUGUGACUUUUGGACAAUUAUUGGUAAAUCAGAAAAAUGAAUUAUUGACUUUGUAUUCCAUUGGCAGUCACAAAACUCUUCUGAACGACAUCUUAGAUAAAUAACAGGUUAAGUAUUAACCUUUAUUUAAUGUAGGUUUUGAACCGUAUUCUUUGAAGGAGACGAUUAUAUUCAAAUCAAUCUGUAUUGACAUAUCAAUAACAUUUUUUUGUCCAAAUGCACAGAUUGCCACCUUUGAUAAUAGACGACUCAUAUAUAAAAAUUCAUAUGUUUGUCCAGAAACGUCCGCAGAAGUAGGCAGCAGCUU